AUGGUUCGCCCAUCCCAUCUCCUGUCGCUUGCGGCGACCGCCUUCACGGCCCUAGCCGCCGGCGAGGUCGUGCCCGGCGCGUUCAUUUUUGAGUUUGUCGGCGGCUAUAACACCACUGCGCUGAAAAAGGCCAUGGGCUCGAAAGGAAACGUGCGUGUGGAAUUCGAAUUUGAUCGUCUAAACGGAUUCUCCUUCCAGUUUCACGACAUCAAAAAUGCCGCCAAGAUGGCGGCAAAGCUCGCGGCCGAGAAUGCCGCUCUGCUGUGGCAUCUCCCCGUCACGCUGCACCAGAGCGCCGACCCAACGACCGAAUGGGCCAGGAACGAGUCCAAGGAGAGAAUGCGUCCUCGUAAACGCGCCCUUUCCAAUACGACUCUGGAUACCUACUCGCCUCACGUCAUGACCCAGAUAGACAAGCUUCGCGCCAAAGGCUACACCGGCAAGGGCGUUAGAAUUGCCAUUCUAGAUUCCGGCAUUGACUAUACUCAUUCGGCUCUGGGUCGCUGCUUCGGCCCGCGCUGUCUUGUGUCGUUUGGUACCGACUUUGUUGGCGAUGACUACAAUGGCAAGAAUUCGCCCAAACCCGACGACGACCCUAUGGAUAAUUGCGAUGGCCACGGCACUCACGUUGCUGGUAUUAUUGCUGCUAAGCCCAACAAGUUCGGCUUCACUGGUGUCGUCCCGGACGCUACCCUAGGAGCAUACCGCAUCCUGGGCUGCAAGGGUCAUGUCACGAGCGAUGUUGUCAUCGCUGCUGUGAAUCAAGCCCUCAAGGAUAAAGCCGACAUCAUCAACCUAUCCAGAAUUGUUGAGCAGGGCGUGCCCAUCAUUGUCGCGGCGGGAAACAUGGGUCGCAUGGGUCUCUUUGCUCCCUCGUUGCCUGCCGACGCAAAAGGGGUGAUUUCGGUGGCCACCAUUGACAAUGCCGUAACACCCAUCUUCCUCUUCCAAGCAAAGUAUACCGUCGAUGGCGCCGACGACGUCGAGUUUGGCUACAUUCCCGGUAUCCCUAGUGCCUGGAAUGGAGCAUCGCUCGACGUGUACGCCGCGAGCGUCGAUACCGCCGCAGUCGACGGUGGCUGCGGCAAGCUGCUAUCCGAUGAGACGCCCGACCUGACCAACAUGGUUGUCGUGCUACGCUCUGCUGAGGCGUGCAAUCUCCUCACCUGGGCAACCAACGCCAAGGCGAAGGGUGCCAGAUAUAUCUUGACGUACCCUGCUAGCGGUGGCAUGGAUUCCAUCCUUCCGCCGCAAGACGCCCUGCCCGGCAUCGUUGCCAGUGGCACAGUAUCGAAAGAGAUGGCCGAAACAUGGAUCGAGGCCGUCAAGUCCGGCAAGAGAGUUACCCUGACGAUGCCCAGCCCCGGUAGGUCGAAUAUUUAUAAAACGACCAUACCGAACGACGCUACCGGUGGUGCCCUUCGGCUGUCGACGUCCUGGGGCCCGACGUGGGGGAUGGACAUGAAGCCGCAAAUCGGCGGUCCUGGUGGAAAUAUUCUCUCGACAACCUCCAUGGCUAACGGCGGCUAUGAAAUUUGGUCCGGAUCGUCCAUGGCGUGCCCGAUCGUCACCGGCAUCGUUGCCCUCGUCGCCCAGGUGCGCCACACCUUCGAUCCUGUGCUGAUCAACAACCUGCUAUCUUCCACGGCGAAGCCCCGGCUCUUUAAUGAUGGCACGAGGUUUCACGACUACUACGCCCCGACAGCGCAGCAAGGAGCUGGUCUUGUCCAAGCCUACGACGCGGCCUUUGCCACCACCUUGCUCGAGCCCUCGGCCCUAUCGUUCAACGAUACCGAUCACUUUGUCGAGUCGCUCAACAUUACAAUUAGCAACACGGGCAACACGAGUGUCACAUAUCAGCUCUCCAACGUACCUGCCAUUACCAUGUACGCCUUUGAUCGGGAAGCGAACGAGCUCGCCAGAUUCCCCAACGAAGCCGUACGGGCCGCCGCCGGUAUGCGGUUUAGCCAGGACUUGAUCACCCUAGGCCCGGGCAGUUCGGCUUCCGUCCAAGUGCAGCCGACGCCUCCCUCCGGCCUUGAUGCGAAGCGCUUAGCCUUUUGGUCGGGCUGGAUUGCUGUCAACGGUACUGGCGCUCCCUCUCUGUCCAUCCCUUACCAGGGGCUUACCGGCUCACUCCACAACACGACCGUUCUGAAACCGCGCAAUGUCUGGGUUGCGUGCUCGAACGACACGGAAUACGUUGGCGUCAAGGCUAACGUAACCUUUACCCUCCCAAAUUCCGAUGAUAUGAAUACUUCUUCCACUGCCGUACUACCUGCCAUCGUCGCCAGGCUGACGCUUGGGUCGCUGCGCCUGAAAGCGCACGUAUUGCCGGUCACGAGCCUGCCAGAGGACCAACCGGCAGAUCGCUGGCGUCAUCAAACGAUUGGUGAACCGUUCGGCUUCCCAGUGGAGUACACAUCUCGUAAAUUUCUCCCGUACCGCUGGGAUGGUAAGCUUGAAUCGGGCGAGUAUGCACCAGAGGGCCAAUAUACGGUCGUCGUCCGCGCACUAAGGAUAUUCGGCAAUGCGAAUAGGACGGCCGACUGGGACGUGGGCGAAACGUUGCCGUUCCACAUCCGAUAUAGAGGAAACCAGAGUGCGCACGGAGGAGCUGAACAAAACGCUAGUUAUCUGGAUGACAAGCAGGCAGCUUCUUCUCGCAGGCUGCGGAUCUAA